AUGUUCUCUCCUCUCGUCGUCGCCUCUCUGGCGAUGCUGACCCUCGCCGUUGGUCCCCAGAUCGAUGGCUACACUCGCAGCGACCCAGGCACUUCCGCCAUCUCGGUCCCGGUCAAGGACGGCUGCUCGACCUUCAUCUCGCACUCCGUCUACGAGGGAACUACCCUUGAUGCGGCUCGCUGUACAGCUGAGUGUGAUGACUCCUGCGACGAUUGCCACUUUGUCAACACCUGGAUGGAACUCAAGGAUGGCCAGCCGACCCGCCAGAUCUGCGCCUUGUACACUACUUCCUACACCGACGCUGAUGCCACCUCCAAGAGCUACACCCGUCCUUCCGACAGCACGGUCGUGACGUCAUGCCCCGUCAAGAAUGGCCAGGGCAGUGGUUCAUCUUCUGGUUCAAGCAGCGGUGCCAGCGGCUCCGCUUCUGGCUCAAACAAUGCUAGCAGCGGCUCCGCCUCUGGCUCAAGCAACAAUGGUAGCGGCUCCGCCUCUGGUUCAAGCAACAAUGAUAGCGGCUCCGCCUCUGGUUCAAGCAACAAUAAUAGCGGCUCCGCCUCUGGUUCAAGCAACAAUGGUAGCGGAUCCGCCUCUGGUUCAAGCGAUGGCGCGAGCGGUGUCUCCUCCCCGGACGCUUACACCACCGAGGUCGUCGAUCAGUUCACUACCUACUUUCCCUCUCCCACAACUAUCACCUACGGGCCAAGCCAGACCUACGUCGUGACCGAAGCCGGCUCCGUCACGAUCACCGACUGUCCUUGUACCAUCACUAAGCCAGUCUCCAACGGAGGUGCAGCUCCAACCUACGGCAGCGGCUCUGGCAACGAUGGUGCUCCGUCUUACGGCGGAAACGGCGGCUCUGGGUCUGAUGGCGGGUCACCACCUUACUACGGGGGAGGCGGUGAUGACCCCAACGGCGAAGACGGCGAUCCCACCGUGACCGAUGGCCCGACUGCGACCGGCACUGAUUCGACUGCGACCGGCACUUCGACCACGGCCACUGAUGAUCCAAACGAUGGCGGUGACGGCGACCCGACCGACGACACCUCAUCCACCACCACCGGAACUGCUACCGGAACCGCUUCUACUACCACUGACACUGCUUCAUCUGCCACUGCUUCAUCUGCCACUGCUUCAUCCGCCACUGCUUCAUCCGCCACUGCUUCAUCUGCCACUGCUUCAUCUACCACGGUUAGCGGUGAACCCGACCCGAACACCACCACGACUGCUACUAUCACGACCACUGACGGCACUUCGUCUACUACCACGUCCAGUAGCGCUACUUCAACACCAUCGGACUGUGUUCAGGCUGGUGGAACCUGCUCCGGCCUGCUGGGCUCUAACGGGUUGCUGCUAUCGGAUGAUUGCUGCGAUGGAUCCAGCUGUUUCCCAACCCUCGACAUCAACGCUCGGUCCUUGAAAGGCGGCUCGCUCCUCAGACGUCAGACUCUACUUGGAACUUGCUCGGGCGGAAACCCCGACGACGGCACCUGUAAUGCUGCGGGCGAUGCAUGUGAUGCUACGGGUGUCCUCGGCCUCGAUCCAUGCUGCGCGGGAACGACCUGUACUACUCUCGGACUCACCCUUAACGGCUUGGCUGUGCAAGUCGACCAGUGUGUAGCCGAUGAACCGGUGACCGGCCCAUUCAACUGCGCGACCGAUGAAUCGGAGCAAUGCUGUACCGCGAGCGCAGCCAAUGCGCUUCAAUUACUCUGUACUGCUCCAUCCUCCACUGACAUCAGCUCUUGUGGUACCCAACCCGCGUACUGCUGUCCCAACGACGGCGUUCUCAACGUUCUCAAUGGAGUAGUCUACACUGGCUGUCAAGCUGCGCCUGGCGACGGUGGGGACGGCAGCGACAGCAACGGCGCGAACGGCGACGUGACCUUCACAUGCGCAAAUGGCGAAGCCAGAUGCUGCACUGACGCCGAUGGCCUUGGCCUCAAUCUCCUGUGCACAGGGCUCGAGGUUGACGGCACAUGUUCGGCUGAUCAAACUCCGAGAUGCUGUGAUGGAGACCAAACACUCGGCGCGGUGCUAGCUUUGAACUGCGCAGCCCCAGCAACCACUACUCCCGUUGAAGGUGGUGGAGGUAAUAGCCCAACGACCUUCGCUUGCGCAGCCAACUACGACCCUACAUGCUGUCCUGCGACCGCCAUUACCGGUGGUCUCGGGGUCGGUGCUGCCUGCCAGGAUCCUACGAACUCUGCGUGUGCAAACACGCUCCUCGCCGAGCCAUUAUGUUGCCCGACAGGCCUCCUCGUGCCGACACACGUCAAUGCUGCCCUGUCGGCGAUGUCUCCGAACUUGGUGCACUCUGCACUGAAGCCACGACCGACGACACUGCCACAUGUGAAAGUCUGCUUGGCGGCAGCUCUGCGUACUGCUGCUCUGGCAGCGUCCUGGGCCUCGGUCAAGUGCUCUCAACUGGCUGCGACCCUGCAGGUAUAG